UUGUGUAAAAUGGAAAGAUUACAUCUCGAAACAUCAGGUUUUUUUGGUCGGUAUUCAUAUUUCAAACGUGCGAAUACAUUAUCUCGUUUUUAUUAUUGUUGAACAGGAUUUCAUGCAUUAAUUGAAUUUUAUUAAUUGAUUUAUUGAAAUGAUGCUCUUGCAUCGCGUGACUCAUCGGAAAAUUGACUAUCAAAAAGCGCAUCCUGCAUCCUCGUCCUUUCCAUCAAAACGUGCAACGGCGCGAUCCGGUAUUUGUAAAGAUUUAAUCGAUUUGCAAAUCACACGAGGCUCCAUUACAUACAAUUAAUGUUGUGUUUUUUACAUUGUAAUGAAUGUAAUAGUCUUUGGGAUGGAGGAAUCAUAAUGAUUGCGUAUCAUUUGUUUUUGGGUGACAAGUCGGUAAUGUCAGAGAGAGGAAACAGUCAAAUGUGAAAAUCUGCAGUAAAUAUAUUCGUUUCGUUUUGGAUCAAAAUUCUUCGCGAUGGGCAGCCUAAUCAGUUGCAACAAUUGCCCCGCGGCGGUGCAGCACACGGUGAUCACGUUCUCGGACGACGUCGUGUUGAAGAUGACGGAAGGCAUCGAACCCCAGCAGCUGACGCCUGCCGAGAUGAAGGAGCUGGAGAUGGUCGAUCAUGACGGCUUCGAGAGGCUACGCUGCAUCGAUCGUUCGCACAGCGUUGCGUACGGCCUCACCGUUCAAUCCGUCAACGCCCUCUUCAAGUCAAUUUCCAAACAAAUGAAGAAGAACCGUCCGAAAAAUCUUUGCGAUAAUGAUGAAGUGCUUCGUUGCUACAUGAGGCAUCCGCAUUGCACCAUAGUGUGCGCGCCUGCCGUUGCUGAAUUCAUCGAUUGCGUGGAGGGCACCUACAUGGAGAAAUUGGCCAAAAAAUUGGAGGAUUUUAAAACCAAAAAGAAAACGAAAUAACUUUAUUUUCAGCGCUUUUCCAAACUCUUGAACUUUGCCUCCAGCCGCUUGGAGUAUGCGUCCAGCUUGUAGGCGGCCUGUUCCAGCUUAAGCACACUAUCCUCA